UUCCAUCACAUACCAAAUACUUUGUUAUAGUUUAAACUGACAUCAAAAUGAUUCAGGUUGUCUACUGAGAGCCAAAACACAAGAAAAAAAGGGAAAAUCACAGCCCUUUUUUAUAACGGCUUGUCCUAGUUGCAUGGGAAAGCAUUCCCUUAUUGAUAAUAUAUUUGUCGUGACUAUCAUUUUGAGACCAGAAACAAAUUUGCUUGCAUUGAUGCCAUUAUUGAAUCAGAACAUUUUGCUAUCAAGCCAUGGGGGUGAUGCUGUGCUAAAGAUAGCUGAUUUUGGUCUCUCAAGAACUAUAUGCCCGGGCGAGUAUGCUGAGACUGUUUGUGGUUCUCCAUUAUACAUGGCUCCAGAAGUUCUUCAGUUUCAGAGAUAUGAUGACAAGGCAGACAUGUGGAGUGUUGGGACCAUUCUUUUUGAGCUUCUAAAUGGCUACCCACCUUUUUAUGGUACAAAUAAUGUUCAGCUGUUGAAAAACAUCAGAUCCUGUACCUGUCUUCCAUUUUCUCCGCUGAUUCUUUCGGGAUUGGAUCCUGACUGUCUUGAUAUUUGUUCAAGACUACUAAGCUUAAAUCCAGGGGAGCGCAUAUCUUUUGAUGAAUUUUAUUGGCAUAGGUUUCUACGAAGAAAGUUGAUAGGAACAUGACAUUGACAGCAAUUUCAGGAAUAAGUGUUUAUGACUUCCCCUAGCAGGAUAUAAUUUGACGACUAAUUUGUUGGCAUGAUUCGAAAGACGACCGGGGUUGUAAGAAGUGCCUAAUUAUUAAGCAUAAGCUUAUUUUUCCGUGAUAGGCUGCUCCCUUCACCCUAGCUUUUGCAAUGUAAAAAUAUGGUAGUGUAGCAAGCAGGUGCCAAAAGUGUGUGAGAGAAAGAGAGACAUGGAUAGGGGUGCCGAUUUUUCUUAACCUCCACUUACUGACAGAAUUUAGUUUUUGGUGUUCAUUUGUUUUUGACAUCUCAAGCAAAGACUAUUAUGGUAGGUUGUGAUCAAGUUCCAUCUUUACCUGUAACUAUAAAGUAGAAAUGAAAAAAGAUGUAUCUUGCUUAUGACUUUGCCAGCCCAGUUUAUUUUAAUUUUUACAGAAUAACAAGUGUG